UAGUGACCCUUUUCGGAGUGGACAUACCGUGACCUUUCGCGACUGACGGGCCUGGUUCCUGAUUGCAACAUCAUACGCGCCGCGGGGAUACGCAUGCAGGUUGCUAGGGCCUAGCCUAGCUCCUUCUUCUGAGAGUAGCAGUAUAAGAAGCCCGAGACGGCCGUUUCGAGGGUUGUCUUAGCCCGUCUUCCUACCGCACUCGCUCAUCGCUUUCUCAAGGCUGUACCCGAGCGGAAUCUAGCCAUGAAGGUCACCUACGCCGGUGUGGCGGCCCUUGCCGCUGGUGCCGUUGCCGCACCUUCGAAUACCGUACCCCGGAAGGCAGCUGCCGCCUGCUCUUCUCCCGUUACGCUCGACGCCAACACCAACGUGUUCAAGACCCGCAAGCUGCAUGCCAACACGUUCUACCGCAGCGAGGUCGAGGCGGCUGUGCAGCAGAUCUCGGAUUCAUCCCUGAAGACGCAAGCUUCUAAGGUUGCCGACGUCGGUAGCUUCUUGUGGCUCGACAAUAUCGCCAACAUCGCCAAGUUCGACCCCGCAGUUGCUGACCUCCCCUGCGAUGAGAUUCUCGGUCUCGUCAUCUACGACUUGCCCGGUCGCGACUGCGCCGCCAAGGCUUCCAACGGCGAACUCAAGUACAAUGAGCUCAGCCGAUACAAGACCGAGUACAUUGACCCCAUCGUUGCCAAGCUCAAGGCCAACCCCAACUCGGCUUUCGCCCUCUUGAUCGAGCCCGACUCGCUCCCUAACCUGGUCACCAACGCCGACCUCCAGACCUGCAAGGACAGCAAGAACGCGUACGAGGAGGGUGUGGCGUACGCCCUCAAGAGCCUCAACCUCCCCAACGUCGUCAUGUACAUCGAUGCCGGCCACGGCGGCUGGCUCGGUUGGGAUGCCAACCUCAAGCCCGGCGCCGAGGGGAUCGCCAAGGUUUACAAGAACGCCGGCAGCCCCAAGCAGGUUCGUGGUUACGCGACCAACAUCGCCGGCUGGAACUCCUGGGAUCAGUCGCCCGGCGAGUUCGCGGGCGCCUCGGACGCCAAGUACAACUCGUGCCAGAACGAGAAGACGUACGUAACCAAGUUCUCGGAGGCGCUCAGGACCGCGGGCUUCCCGAACCACGCCAUCGUCGACACCGGCCGAAACGCCGUCACCGGCCUCCGCAGCGAGUGGGGUAACUGGUGCAACGUCAACGGCGCCGGCUUCGGUGUGCGCCCGACGGCCGACACGGGCCUGGAGCUCGCCGACGCGUUCGUCUGGGGCAAGCCCGGCGGCGAGUCGGACGGCACCAGCGACUCGAGCGCGGUCCGGUACGACUCGUUCUGCGGCAAGGCCGACGCCUACAAGCCCUCACCCGAGGCCGGCGAGUGGAACCAGCCCUACUUCGAGAUGCUCCUCAAGAACGCCAACCCCAAGUUCUAGACGGCUGGCGGCGGCGGCGGGGAACCGCAGCGCCCGCAUCCGGACUGGCGACCACACGACUGGGCGACGGCGCAGACCGAAGCCCGUCUCGCGCAGUCUCGCGCUCGCCUUCUCCAAACACACCAGUUCCGGCGAUUCGGGUGGCAGGGAGAUUGUGCCGAAAACUCGAUUGUAUAUAAGGGACUACGUGCAGUACAUAAAUGACAUUGCUUGCGAGUAGUCGGGUCGUAUUCUAUUGUGGUGGUGCGUCUGGUGGUGUCCUCGAUUAUUCCUGUGCUUGACGAUCUGUGUGUUGUAGAGGGAUGAUGGCUUGUGCCAAGCGGGAUUCGUCAAGUGGGUUGCAAGAGCUACUCAGACGAGGACAUAGAGACGCUUAGAUAAGCACCGUCAUAGCGCCACACAAUUCAGACUGUUACUAUAUAUA